CAUCACAAUCAGGCAAUCAGGCAAUAUAUUUUGCAGUGUACAGAUUUACAAGUAUUAGGUAGACUGUUAAAAUGCAGGUUUAGAUGGGUUUAGUAUUUAGGCUUUUUAGUAUCUUUAUUCUAGAGCUGAUCUUCGUGUAAACUUUCGUCAUGGAUAGUGCAACAGCUUAAAGGGUGAAAAAAAACCCUCUUAUCCACCUCUUAAAUCUUUUUAAAUUUCUGUCUUACUUUUUAUCCACACGUUAGGCAUCCUCCACAGCAUGGAGCAUGUUCUGAAUAUCACAAGACUCAAGUGAUGAGUCACCCAGGAACAUUGGUGAUACCUGAUACCUGAAUUUGAAAUGUGAUCAAGCCUUUGGUCAGGGUUGUAAUAAAGCGGUUAUAUAGUCUCUGCCUCUGACCCACCCUCUCUAAGGCAGAGCUACGAGACCCGUCCUCUACUUAUAUCUGGGACGAGAACAAAAAUUGUAGCGUAAAGAUCAGGAGCUGCAGCACACCAAAAUGACUUCCUACACAGAUAAAGGUGAAAAGCACGAGCAGGGCAAGUUCAUCAGCUUUGACCACCUCACUUUCUGGGUCGGGAAUGCCAAGCAGGCUGCCUCCUUUUACUGCAACAAGCUGGGUUUUGAGCCACUGGCAUACUGCGGUCUGGAGACGGGCAGCCGUGAAGUCGUCUCUCACGUGGUUAAGCAGGGAAAGACUAUUUUUGUCUUCUCCUCUGCACUGAAUCCUGGUAACAAAGAGAUGGGGGAGCACCUGGUGAAACAUGGCGAUGGAGUCAAAGACGUCGCGUUCACUGUAGAGGACUGUGAAUUCUUGGUGCAGAAUGCCAGAGAACGAGGUGCCACCAUCAUCAAGGAACCUCAUGUGCUGAAGGACGAGUUUGGCAGCGUGAAAUUGGCUGUGCUGCAGACAUAUGGCGACACGACUCACACACUGGUGGAAAGAAACGGAUACACAGGACUUUUUCUCCCAGGAUUCCACACUCCGCUCUUCAAGGAUCCUCUCUUGGCUCAGCUGCCGAGCGGCCAUCUAGAUUUUAUUGAUCAUGUGGUGGGAAACCAGCCAGAUGACGAGAUGGUGCCUGUGGUGGAAUGGUACGAGAGGAACCUCUUGUUCCACCGUUUCUGGUCUGUAGAUGAUAAACAGUUGCAGACGCAAUUCAGCGCUCUGCGCUCCAUCGUGGUGGCUAACUAUGAGGAGACGGUGAAGAUGCCUAUCAACGAACCUGCCAUUGGUAAACGCAAGUCCCAGAUCCAGGAGUAUGUGGAGUAUUACGGUGGCCCGGGAGUCCAGCACAUUGCCAUGAACACCUCGAACAUUAUCACAGCUAUCCGUAAUCUAAAGGAGCGUGGCAUGGAGUUCAUGACUGUGCCACAUACCUACUACGAGCAGCUCUGUGAGAAACUAAAAGACUCGAAGGUCAAAAUCAAGGAGGACAUCAGCAUCCUAGAGGAGCUGCAAAUUUUGGUGGACUACGAUGAUAACGGUUACCUCCUCCAGAUCUUCACCAAACCAAUUCAGGAUCGACCCACUGUGUUCCUGGAGGUUAUUCAGAGGAACAACCACCAGGGCUUCGGUGCGGGGAACUUCAAGUCUCUGUUUGAGGCUAUUGAGGCAGACCAGCACGCCAGGGGGAACCUCACCGUCUUCAUGCCCAACGGAGGGUCCGAAAAAAUAUGAAACUAACAUAUCCACUCAUCUUGUAUAUGAAAGCUUUUAAGAAUAUGAAACUCUUCACGUCAAUGCAGUAUUCUGUAAAUGUUUUGUAAUAUCACUGAGGCUAAGUUUUGUUUGUUUGUUUGUUUGUUUUUUUUAAGAUUAUCCAUGAAUCUGGCUCUUUUCCCAAACAGGUGUUUUUGAACAUUGCCAGUGAUAAAAUAAGAUCCGUAUGGUUAGUGUGAGAAACCAAAUAAGAUAUUAAUCUGUGUCUUAUUAGCAGUACGUGUGGUGUUCAACUCUGGUGAUUAUGACUCUGUAUCUCUGUCUGUUUAUUUGAGCUUCCAGCAGCCCAGAUACCUGACUGCUUUUUUUUUUUAAGCCUUGCAUGAUGGUCAUGCAUGUAAUAAAAAGCAAACAGUAAAAAUACAUUCAUGUUGACUUCGAACAAUCAUACUUCUUGACCUUCAGUAAUGGACUUGGGCUAAAGAAUGUAACAGCAAUAAAACAGGAAUUAUGAGCGUUUGUUAAUGUAGUUGUUCAUCUGACUUUCUAAACAGUAGACUUUUUCAACUUCAGUUCAGCUCAAUUUUAUUUGUAUAGCACUUUAAGCAAUAAUCACAAUGUUGCUACUUAUUUCUACUAAUGUAUAUAGAAAUAUCUCCAACUGCUCAAGCCAAACAUCCAAUUCAAUAUCAGUUGAAUUAAUUGAAUCAGCAUGCCCAGUUCUACCAACCCAUAGCGUACAUCUGGGGAUCGAUGCCCGCGUUCUGCAGUCAUACUUUGCCUGCCUCUGGAAACUGUGAGUCUCCACCAGGAUCUAUGUGACCGCACGGACAACAAGGUUCAUCACCUGCAAGCUGGAGGAGAACCG